AUGUCCUCUGCCUCAUCAUGCUCGAAAGAUGCCGUCAUGGUAGGCGUAAAUGAUGCGAGGGUCUUCGACACUGAGAAUAUCUUACCUCUGCCGGACGUAGACCUUGUCAAAAUCAGGGAAUGGCUUCAACCAAUUCCUUUUGACCAGGAAAGGAGUGAAUUCUCCAGACACCGUGCCUCUUUUCUUGUGGGCUCAGGAAAAUGGCUCACCUCCUCAAGCGCCUUACAGCAAUGGCACUCUGGCGAGAAUGGCCUCUUGUGGAUCAAAGGUAUCCCAGGCUCCGGCAAGUCGGUCAUGGUGGCUUCAAUUAUUGAUCAGCUAAGAGUAGAGAAAGUCCCGGUUCUCUACUUCUUCUUCUAA